GCUGAUUUGCCUUCCCUGCAAACCACAUAAUUCCGCCUUCAUUCCCUUCGUCUUAUAUCUCUAUACACCAACACGAUGGCUCUCUUCGGUUCCGGCUCCAACAAUGCUGCUUCCAACCCGCAGGAGGUCAAGACUGCCAUCAUCAAGCAGCUCCAGCAAGAGGCCGCCAUGGCCAAUGCUCGGAAUCUGAUCGGAAAAGUGAAUGAGCACUGCUUCGACGCCUGCAUUCCCGCCCCCGGCUCCUCCAUCACACCCAAAGAAGAGACCUGCCUCUCUCAGUGCAUGGAGAAGUACAUCUCGUUCUGGAACACCGCCAGCCGUACCUACGUCUCUCGUGUUUCCCGUGAAAGCAAGCGUCUAGGCGGCGCUGAGAAUCUCGCCAUGAUGGCUACUCCCACCGACACCAGCCUGUAAAUUAGCGUUGGAGUUUAUAGGCAAUUGGAAACAUUCUAUAGAGGGUAAUCGGAAGCGCGAUCGGUUUCUCAAACUUUUUUUUAUGGACGUUAGCUUGGGCCUCCCGCAAACUUUUUAUUUGUCGCUUUUUUUUUUCUCCUUUCAUAACUUGGGGGAUGUAUAGUUGGAAUGGUGUACGAUAACGGCGCGCGCUUUGCGGUAGAUUGGGUGUCCCGUAUCAAGCGAGUUGG